CACUGCUGAAGCAAAGUCCGUCCGCCAUCAACUUCCAUGGCAGGUCGUUCCUCCGACGACCCGAAGCUCCCUCACGACGUCGUCGUCGAGAUCCUGAAGCGGUUGCCGGCGGAAUCUCUCCUCCGAUUCAGGUGCGUUUCCCGAUCAUGGCGUUCCACCAUCGAUGACCCUCGUUUCGUGGCCCUCCACUUGAACCACUCCGCUCUCGAUGCCUCCAAUCGGUAUCUCGUGUGUCUAGAGUGGCGCCAUCGCUUGUGCUUUCUGCUUCCCAAUGAGUCUCUUACUCUGCCUUUCCAGUCGCUGAUCGAAAUUCCCUUUGUUAACCCUUCCAACUGUUACGGUUUUGUUGUUUCGAGUAAUGGUUUGAUCUGGGUCGCAGAAAUUUUGAGUAAUGGCUGUUGUCAGACGAUGUAUUUGUGGAAUUUAUUCACGAGAAAGCACAAGGUGGUUCGAGGAUCCUGUCCAGAGCAUCAAUUUUUCUCCAAGGAGACUGCUCAUGUAGUUCUCGGGUUUUGCUUCGAUGUCAGGUCUAAUGACUAUAAGAUUGUGAGGAUUAUCUAUUUUCCAGAUGAUAAUCGUCGAUACUUUGGUGGGUCAACCCUAGUCGAGAUUUAUUCACUCAGUACAGAUUCCUGGAGAAGUUUGGAGUGUGAGGUUCCUUCUUUCAGCGGCUACAGACGGGCGGUCUUCUUGAAUGGGAAUCUGCACUGGUUUGCUUUCAAGUUCGAAGAUCUGUUGGAGCUGGGUGGCUAUGGAGCGAUAGUCUUGUUCGAUGUCGCAGGUGAGGUGUUUGAUGAAAUGGCUCUGCCGGCAGAGAUGUUGCCUGAAGACGAUUUUGGUUUAAUAGCGUCUGUGGAAGUAUUAAAUGACUUGCUGGCUGUGUUCAUUAGUCAUGGGGAGCAAAUUGGGUAUUUGGAAUUGCAUUCCAAUUGUUCUGUUUGGGUUAUGAGACACUACGGCGUGCCUGAGUCUUGGACUAAGAUGUAUACUUUUGAGGCUAGUGGACUGCUAAGAGUAUGUGGUGGCUUCACGUGGACUGGUGAGCUUCUGAUAGAGAUAGAUAGUGGAAAACGAGUUUCUUGGAAUCCUAUCACGGGACAAUUCACAAAUCUGCCAUCAUGGAUGACAUCCGAUUUGGUCACCGUUGUAGAGAGCCUCGUUUCACUUUAGACAUGACUCGGUUGCUGCUACAUUCACGAGUAUGA